CCCCCUCGCGCAGAGGAGAUCACAAUCCCGGCUGACGUCACCCCCGAGAAGGUCCCCACACACAUAGUGGACUACUCAGAGUCGGAGCAGACGGAGGAUGAGCUGCAGGAAGAGAUUGCUAAGGCCAACGUGGUCUGUGUGGUAUAUGAUGUCACCAAGGAGGCCACGAUCGAGAAGAUUCGCACAAAGUGGAUCCCCAUGGUGAACGGGGGACUGGAAAAGGGCUCCAGGAUCCCCAUUAUUUUAGUAGGAAACAAGUCUGACCUGCAAGUGGGGAGCUCCAUGGAUGUCAUCCUGCCCAUCAUGAACCAGUUCUCGGAAAUCGAGACGUGCGUGGAGUGCUCUGCCAAGAACCUCAAGAACAUCUCUGAGCUCUUCUACUAUGCCCAGAAAGCUGUGCUGCACCCCACUGCCCCCCUCUACGACCCAGAGGAGAAGCAGCUGAAACCUGCAUGUGCACGCGCACUGACCCGGAUUUUCAACCUCUCGGACCAGGAUAACAACCAGAUCCUUAGUGAUGAUGAACUCAACUACUUCCAGAAGUCCUGCUUCGGAAACCCUCUGGCUCCCCAGGCCCUGGAGGAUGUGAAGAUGGUUGUGUGGAAGAACACCACAGACGGGGUGCAGGACAACGGCCUGACGUUGAAUGGCUUCCUCUUCCUCAACACACUCUUCAUCCAGAGGGGCCGGCACGAGACCACAUGGACCAUCCUUCGCCGCUUCGGGUACGACGACGAGCUGGAGCUGACGGAUGACUAUCUCUACCCACAGUUCCGCCUUCCCCCCGGCUGCUCCACGGAGCUCAACCACUUGGGCUACCAGUUCCUGCAGCGGCUGUUUGAGAAGCAGGAGAAGCUCUGUGUGCCCUGGGGCCCCGAGCUCUACAACACGGUAUGCACCACUGAUAAAGGCCUGCUUUCCCUGCAUGGAUUCCUCUGCCAGUGGACGCUUGUGGCUUACCUGGAUGUGCGGCACUGCCUGGAGUGCCUGGGCUACUUGGGCUCCCCCAUCCUCUCGGAGCAGGACUCCCAGACACAAGCCCUCACGGGUACGGCCAUGCCCGCCUCGCGACAGUGUUUUCGUCGGUGGCAGGCCCAGAGGGAGACCCCAGGAGAGCCGUCCCUCUACGCGAUCAACACGGUGCAGGUCAACAGCCAGGAAAAGUACCUUAUACUGUAUGAGGUCAGCGCUGACACAAAGUUUGUGAAGCCGUCGGAUGCAGCCUGCGAUGUCGCCUGCUUCAUCUACGACCUGAGCGACCCCAGAUCCUUCAGCUACUGUGCCGGUGUUUACAAGCAACACUACGUGGACAGCCAGAUCCCCUGCGUCUUCGUGGCCUCCAAGACAGACCUGCCAGAAGCGAGUCAGCAGCCCGGGCUCUCCCCCGCCGAGUUCUGCUACAAGCACUGCCUCCCGCCGCCCUUCCGCUUCUCCUGCCACGGCCAGGGCCUGCCUGGCACCACCAUCUACACCAAGCUGGCCACCGCCGCCACCUUCCCGUUAGUAUCCGUCUCGGUGCUCUUGGAGUUGUAA